AUUAGAGGAACGGUACCCGGAAUACAAGGUCGGGCUAACACGAAAACCAUUUGCUACAAUCGGGUACAGAGCGUAUGGAAAUUGGGCCAGUGUUGCAGUAUCCGUGGCUAUGAAUAUCACCCGAUUCGGCACCAGUACUGUGUUUCUACUUCUAGUAUCCAGUCUACUAAAGGGGGUGUUCACGGGUCUGAACGCCGCUAAAGUCAUGAAUUUAGGGGUUUGUUCGUGGGUUCCGAUAGUAGGCAUAACCCUCACACCAUUCAUGUGGUUGGGAUCGCCGGCUGAUUUUUGGCCCGCGGCCUAUACAGCCAUGAUAUCCACUGUUUUGGGAUCAGUAUUACUAUUGAUUAGUAUAGGGAUGGACUCCAAGAAUCGUGCGAAAGAUGCCGUCUAUGCGAUGCCUACUUUUGUCAACUUUUUCAAGGCUUUCGGGAAUAUUCUGUUCUCUUUCGGAGGCGCCAGUGCUUUCCCUAACUUUCAAAAUGAUAUGAAAAAUAAGGAGGAGUUCCCCAGAGCUGUCACUUUUGGCUUCAUAGGUCUCCUAAUGCUAUACAUACCGGUGUCGGGUGGCGGGUAUGGUGUCUAUGGAACUAGUGUUCACCCGAGCAUUAUAGAGGACUUACCUGCCAAUGGGUUGACCACAACAAUUCAGAUCAUGUUUUUAAUUCACUGUUACUUCGCUUUCCUGAUUAUAAUAAAUCCGGUUUUACUCGAAAUCGAGGAAUUGCUGAAUAUUCCUAAACACUUCAAUUGGAAGAGGUGUGCGUUUCGUACGAUACUAAUGGCGGCGAUGGUGUUCACGGGGAUGUCGGUGCCCACGUUUGGCGACAUUAUAGAUCUGAUUGGGGGAACGACUGUCACGCUCAUGGCGUUCGUAAUGCCUCCCGCUUUCUAUUUCAAGCUGUGCUCCGAUGAUGGAGGCGGCGCCUGGACUAAGAAAGAGAUUCCCCUCUAUAUGAAGAUAAUUCUCAUCCAAAUCGCUAUACUUGGACUGAUUGGUGGCAUCGCAUCCACCUAUUCAUCCAUCGCUUCAUUCAUAGACCCCGACACCAGUCUAGAGCCGGCCUGUUAUGUCCGACACACCAAUAAUACAUACUUUUAUAGGUCAUAAUGAAUUUUGUUGUAGAUUUUAUUUUAAUUUUUAAUUUUCCUUGAUUAUGUACUUAACACACAAGUAUUAUUUAUAUCGAUACUUAGAUUUUAUAAUUAUUUUAUUGGAUUCCAUGUAUUAUACAUUAAAUUAUAAAUAAAUAUUAUGAUCAACUA